AAAAAAUUUCCUCUUAAUCUACAUGAGUAUAGCUAGAGAAAUACGUAGGGGAUCUUCGAUAAGUUAAUUUUUGUGUGAUUAGCGAGCAUUUGCACCUCUUUUUGCGCUAAAGAUACAUCUAUGGUAGCGGACGACAGGUAGCUGUGACGUCGCUUACGCAUGCACAAGAAAGGAAUCUCACGAGGGAAAAUUCCCACGAAUGUUCACACUGUGCGUAAGUGGUAGGGGGACAGUUUUCUCUGGCUGCGGCAGACCGUCUGCCGUUUGGUAACACUGGGUUAAGUGGAGUUCUUUUCGACCCUAACCUUGGUGACUGACAAUUAUUCGAAAGCAUACGCUAAAAGCUUGUGUUAAAUUGGAAUAUAUCUUGGUUUUAAAAUGAAUUCAAGAACACAAACAAGAAAGAUUCCCGAAUCGGAGCCGCGUAUAGAUUAUGUUCAAUGCGACGGACUGGUAGUUAUGAAAAUGGUAAAACAUUGUCACGAAGAGUCCAUGAGUAAUAUGGAUGUUGCUCAAGGUGCUCUUCUUGGUUUGGUUGUUCAAAAUCGUCUUGAAAUCACAAAUUGUUUUCCCUUUCCGAAAAAUGACGAGAUCAUGGAUGAGGAAGAAUAUCAAUUGGCCAUGAUGCGUCGUCUCAGAUGGGUUAAUGUUGAUCACUUUCAUGUUGGUUGGUACCAAAGUGCAGAUGUUGGAAACUUUUUAAAUCUAUCGCUGUUAGAAUCACAGUAUCAUUAUCAAACUUCCAUAGAGGAAUCUGUAGUGCUUAUAUACGAUACGGCUAAGUCAGCGAGAGGUUUCUUGACGUUAAAAGCAUAUAGACUUACUCCGCAAGCUAUACAAAUGUACAAGGAAGGUGAAUUUACACCAGAGGCCUUACGUACCUUGAAAAUUGGUUACGAGAGUCUUUUCAUUGAAAUACCAGUUGUGAUAAAAAACAGUAACUUGACUAACAUAAUGAUGUCUGAAUUGGAAGAAAUGAUACCUGAAGAGGAAGGUACAAAGUAUUUAGACCUUGGAACAGCCACUGUUCUGGAAAAUCAACUACGUUGUUUAAUGGAUAGAGUAGAUGAAUUGAAUCAAGAAGCUAUGAAAUUCAAUAGGUAUCAACAGCUAGUUGUUCGCCAACAGCAAGAAAAGAAUAGACUUUUAGCUAAACGAGCCCAAGAAAAUGCUGCUAGGGCUGCAAAAGACGAGCCCCCGCUGCCGGACGAUGAUAUCAAUAAACUCAUGAGACCUUUGCCUGUGCCACCAAGGCUAAAUCCUAUGAUCGUAGCUGGACAAAUUAAUACAUACAGCGAACACAUUUCGCAAUUCUGCGCUCAAAGCUUAGCAAAAUUGUAUAUUACUCAGAGUCUUCAAAAUGCAAAAGAGUCAAAAUCUUCACAUUGAAAGAAUAUUCCUUAUAAUUUUAAAAUAAAAUUUUGUGACAUUGUCUAUAUGUACAUUUUAAGUUUUUAUAUACUUUUCCUUCUGCAGUAAAUAUGUACAAUACAUCUUUACAUAGUUACAAAUC